AUGUUACGGCCUGGCACACCGUUGACGGUGCUGCUGUUCGCAGCUUUUGCUUUGCUCCUGUUAGCUGUUAUAUCAACCCCAAUCAUUGAAGCCAUUCCACUGAGCGACUUCGGUGGUGUAACAUAUGGCGUUUUUGGCUAUUGCCAACAGGGCAAAGGAUGUAGCGGUAUCGGGGUUGGAUACGACACUGCAUGGGGAUCUUACCUCGUCCUUGCUGCUACUAUCCUAGUUGCCAUGAGUGGGUUGGUAACUUGUGCGAUGCGUCGCACUCUAGUCAGCAGGAAAGACAGGCAGCGACGUAUCGCUCAGAAUGCUGAAAUGAGUGGCGAGAAUUAUUACAACAGAACUGCUCAAGAUAAGACGAGUGUGGAGCCUGAAGUUUCUCGACAACCGACUCUACCCACUGUGAGUGGUGGCAAUGGUGUCCAUGACAAUCUUCCGUCCUUUACAACCUUCGAACAGAAGAGUAGAAGCGACCAAGCUAGCGAAGAAGCCAUCCCUCUCACCCGCCGGACCACAUCAAAUAGAUCACCAGUACCCCCUAACGAGGUGGCAAGCGUGGGUGGGGUUGCGGCCUUUAGCAGGAACCCACAGAGGCAAGGUUCUCGCGAUCAGUUUGGCAAUCCAAUCGACAAUGCUACCGACCCAUAUGCAACGCGGAGAGGACCUUCUCCAAGCUUGAGUAACCGUGGAACAGGAGCCGGAGGAGGCUACCGCGGUGGAAGAGGGGGCUAUGGUCGUGGCGGAUAUGAUAACUAUGGAGCACCAGUCCGAGGUCGUGGGGGCUACGGGCCAUCUGGAAGGGCUGGAUAUGGUCCCAGAGGAGGACGAGGAGGCUAUGGACAACCCAACCGAGGAGGCUAUGCUUCAAACGGGAUGAGGGGAGGUCUGAAUGCGCCCCCAGGAUACAGCAACGGUUCUUACGAUCGGAGACCGUCACCUGCUCAAAACCUUGCUCACGAUGUUCAGCCGUCAGAGCCAUCUAAUGGAUAUAGCUCGACGAAUCCUUCGAUGCCGAGUGUGAACACUUAUACUGCUUACAGCCCAGAGUCCACAUUGCCUCGAGCUGAGUCGCCACCGCCUUUGCCAGGAACCGAGCCUGCCACUGUUGGGGGUCGCGCAGUAGAAAUGGAUGCAACCCCGGCUGUUCAGCGUCAUGACGGAGGAACCUACGGACAGCUUCGGGACAGUGACGCGGAUGUUGCAGGUAUGGUUGGACUCCAGCAGGGGCAGAUCCCACAGCGACAUGAUACGUACAUGAGCGAGGGAAGUAAAUAUAGCACCGAUGAGCAGUACGCUCCACCCCGCUCAGGAUGGACUCAGGGCGAUGGCAGAAAUUCACCCCGAGCCCCGUCACCUCUGGUAAAUGGUCAACCAAGAGCUGAACUCACUGAAACAAGGACACCACCUGUUGUCCAACAGCCUGUGGCCACCGGGAAUAGCAACUAUUAUGAAGAUGUUGAUCCCCGGUUUGCCUCCGAUGCACCGCCCGCAAGUAACAACCUUCAACCGCCCCCUAUUGAGCCUAUAUACGAGGAUAUCCAUGCCAAUAAUGCGGGGACUCGAAGCCCUGCCGAGUCUGAGCAUUCAACAUUUACCUCCAUAUCCCAGCGUGGAAUCAACCCGCGUUGGAACCCUAAUCCCCCGCCGCUGCCGUACCAACAAGGACCCCCUCAUCGCCGACCAGCACAUCAACAACAGCAGCGUCAAGACAUGCUAUUAGAUACCCCCGACUUUCAGUUGCCUAGUUCACGGACUGGACGAGGUCCUGGAAUGGUACCUGGAAGCGCAUACCCACCUGGCGGUUUCUAG